UGCUGCGGUAACAUCGUAACAAUGUUUUCACAGUCGCGCGGCGGGAUCGUUUAAAGUCCUGCGAGUUGGUGAGACCUGGUGCAUGCGCAGUGUGUGCGCGUGUGCUCGAAUCCACGGGGAGGUGAUGUCAUUGCCGUAGAGAUCCACACUGCGAGAAAUCAUAUACACACUCGUAAUGUGCCGUGUGUGGAAAAAUAGAAGCAGCUCCUCUUCUCGGUGAUCGCCUGCAUUCCAUCCAGCAUCUUUCCGAACGAUGUUUCACUGAGCCAGCCGAAAAACAUCCACAAUGCCACGUACUAAGCAGAACAACCCUAAAAAUCUGAAAGACAAAAUAGAGGAGGCACAGAAAGAGCUUAAAGACCCCAAAGUUGCACACAAAGACAUACCUGAAAAUACUGGCAGAAAUUCUGAAGGAAUCAAAGGAUUGAAAAGGAAGAAAGUUGUAGUACAAAACCAGCUGAAGAAAGUACCCAAGUCACCUGUCAAGAAGCAAUCACAAACCAAGAAAUCUGUUUCUCCUUUAUCCAAGGAAGCCACACCCUCUUCUUCCUUCACCAGCAGUCCACUGCAUGGUUUGCUUAAUCCUCGAGACCCUGAAGAUGCCCCGCAGGACACAUCAGUAUCUGAAGCAGUAAGAGGGGAGCCGUCCACCUCAGAGCCACAGGCUCUCAACCAGAAAAGUGCUGCAGAGCAGCCUUCUUCUGAAGGCCUGUUACUCGACGAUAGCUGGUGUGACAACGGCAGCAACAAAAAUUCAUCUCCCUCCCACACAAGUGCCCCCCUUGAAGUUCUGCUCAAAGCUAUGGAACCAGAUUUCAACACGCUGGCAGAAAGGAAGAAUAGCAGUCCAAUAGGACAUCUUGGAAAAUCAGUAUCCAUUCCUGUCACUUACUCGGACUAUGCUAUGGCUAUGCCUGCUGUUAAUUUUAAUGUCCAGUCACAACCCACAUUUGUGCCACCUUUUAGUGCAGCAAAACAACAGUUCUACAGCAGUAUGGCAUCAACAGCGCAACACGCAACACACCGGUAUGUAAAUGUGUCAGGAAACCAUCAGCAAGACAGACCAGGAAUCCAGAAAAGCUACAGUGUGGGUCCUUCACUUACUUUGAGCCAUGCGCCAGUUCCUUCAGGUUCUGGUGGUUUACCUCAGAGCCAACCACCUGUUGUACAAACAUGCCAGUCUCUGUCUGCCACAGUCCCCAACUCAAUUCAAGUCCCUGUUACCCCUGGUUUCAGCCCUGUUCAGAUGACAACUGUUGUAAACUUUGGCACAAGUCAAGUAACUGAUAUCACAGCAAAAGAGCAAAAACCGAAGAAGCAAGGGAAGUACGUCUGUGACUACUGCAAUAGAGCGUGUGCCAAGCCAAGUGUGCUUCUAAAACACAUACGGUCCCACACAGGAGAGAGACCUUACCCAUGUGUGACAUGUGGCUUUUCAUUUAAGACAAAGAGCAACCUUUACAAACAUAAAAAGUCCCACGCACACGCAAUCAAACUAGGUCUUGUAAAAGACUCUGGAAGUGGAUCCCUUUCACAAGAGUCUGAUAAAGGCCUUGCCACGCAUUCUGAUGCAGAGGAAAGUGGAGACAGUGAUGAGGAGGGGAGUGCCGCUGAUUUAGACCCAGAUUCUUCACAGAGUAGCAUAACAGUUUUAUCUGAAAGCAGUUUGCAGAGUGCAGGCGUAAUACCAGGCAGCCAAGCAGAGUCUGAGAAUUCAGUGGUGUUUGAAGUUCUAAAACCAUUGGCCACUCACCAAGGAUGUGAGCCAAAAGUCACUGCUGCUCUCCCUAAAGUGGUUGUCCACCCUGUAAAUGUUUCACCUUUGCGAGCAGACAGCCCAAGAGUUACAGAUUCUGCACCUGAACAUGCCACCGCCCAGAGGCAAAGGGAUUUCCAGCCAGCAAACCUAAGGUCCAGUGUAACGAUGCUAUCCUCACUAAAAGAAGUGGAUUGCACAAGUCCUCUGCUGGAUUCAGUUAGUGAAGAUGAAGAUCAGCAUUGUAAAUCGCCCUUGGGAGGCAGCCAUGCCCAGCUACAGAGGCAACAAGCAACUGAUUACUCGCAACAGUCACAAGGCAAGUGCCUACUAAGUCCUCGGAGUCUUGGAAGCACUGAUUCUGGCUACUUUUCACGUUCUGAAAGUGCUGAUCAAGCUAUGAGUCCUUCAAGUCCUUUUGUUAAGAUCACUCCACCAGCAGAAACUGACAUUACAAAAACGCCACAAGUUCCUCCUUCUCCCGUUGUGGCAACUGUCAUGCAUGUAGCACCUACUGACAAGCAUCGUGUUUCAUUAGGACAAAUGCAUCCUCCAUUGGAAACCAAAGCUCUGUCUCUUGAGGAGCGUAUCUCAAAACUGAUUUCAGACAAUGAGGCUGUUGUGGAUGACAAACAAUUGGAUAGUGUCAAACCUAGACGGACUUCUCUUUCUCGAAGGGGUAGCAUUGAUUCCCCUAAAUCUUACAUAUUCAAAGACUCUUUUCAGUUUGAUUUAAAACCACCAGUGAGGAGAUCUAGUUCCAACUCUGACAUACCCAAAUCUCCUUUUACACCCACAGACAAAUCCAAGCCAGUAUUUCUUCUUUCUGUUCCACAUCAGUAUCCAGCUAUGGACUGUUUACCAAUAACAAGAAGUAAUUCAAUGCCUACAACACCUGGUCAGUCAGCUCUUUUUCCCAAUGUAACACCUCAGCCUCACCCACUAAGGAUCUGUCAGUCAUUUGAUGAAAAGAUAAGCUCAAUAAAUGAUGAUGUAUUCUCCUCAACUCCUCCUACUCCCAAUCCUGCUGUACAUACUCGUACCCUAGUCAGACAGAAAGCAGUUGAGGAUUCUGCUGCAAAUGAUGGUCACGUUCUAAUUUCUGUUCAAUCCAUGGAUGAGAGCUAUCAUGGACCAAGUAUUACACAUGAGGUAAGAAGUAAGUCCUUUGAGCAUGCAACGGAAAGAACUCGAAAACCCCAACAAAAUAAAGGUACAAUGUAUGAAUGCGAGACCUGUCGUAACCGUUACAGAAAACUGGAAAACUUUGAAAAUCACAAAAAGUUUUAUUGUUCUGAACUGCACGGUCCGAAGAACAAGCCUAUGCAAACCAGGGAGGUGGAUUCAGAAGUGUUUGGCCGUAGCAUUCAACAACCACUGUUAAACAGAAAUGCAGUAAUUACAGGAAUUGUAGAGCAGCCAAGUAUGGUACGAAAAAGAAGGAAAAUUAAAAGUGUUGGAGACGAUGAUGACCAGUCUCCAACUGAGACCACACCUCCAUGUUCAAGAAGUUUUGAUUCCUGCCAAAUGUCCACAGGUUCGCUAGGGCGGCCUUAUUCCCACCACACCCAGACUAUAAGUAACUCUACUGUUUUAGGUCAAAUGCAAAUCAUUGGAAGAGUUGCUGAACCACAAGAGUCAAGACUAUCUCCAAUACGUGAGGCCCAGAUCAGCACACCAAAUAAAGAAAGAGGGGAUCUCCAGAGACAAGGAAGCGGUACUUCAGUUAUUCGACAUACCAACUCCCUCAGCCGACCAAAUUCUUUUGAAACGUCAGAGUCCAUUGAUAGAUCAUCUCCAGUUGAUCCUGGGGAAAGGGAAGUAAAGAGCUCUACAAAAUGCCAUACAGAGGCUGCAGUAAGUUCAUCUUCACAAAGUUACCAGGACAGAAUGUCAACACCCAAAUGUGCCAGCCAAGGAAUUGAGCAUCAUGGCAGGCAAACAUUUCCCAUUGCAAGUGACAGUUCCACACCUUUACAGCAAUCACGACUUGUGCGACAGAGCAACAUUCAAGUCCCUGAAAUUCUAGUAACAGAGGAACCAGACAGAGAUCAUGAAAGUCAACUUGUAGAAUCAACAGAGAAACCCGUAGAAACUUUCAGCUGGCCUCAGAGGAGUGAGAGCUUGUCGAAAUUGCCAACAGAAAAACUUCCCCCAAAGAAGAAGCGCAUACGACUUGCUCAAAUGGAACAAUCUUCUGGUGAAUCUAGCUUUGAGUCCAGUCUGUCUCGUAGUCUUAGUAGAGACAGUAGCUUGUCAAGGUGCUCUAGUAUUUCAGCCUCUUUUGACAGAGAUGAUCCACCAAGGUCUGACAGCCCAUCCAGGGCUGAAAGUGUUGGGAAGUCUCCAGAAGCUCAAGGGCUCCCUGUAGCAAACAACACUCUUGGAGUGCCAGGCAUGAUGAGACGAGCUACCUCAGAGCAGAUCACCUGCACUCAGUCAUCUGUGGAAAUUUCUUGUGAUUACCGUAGCAAAUCUUUUGACUGCAGCAGCGUGUCAUCUGGCAGGCCUUUGCCACCAAUGCAGACGUCCAUGCCAAAAACUACACACAGUCCUCUAACUACCCAGGUCCCUCUCAUUGAAAGACGACGGGGACCCUUGGUCCGUCAGAUGUCUUUGAAGAUUGGUCCAGACCCCCAAAUGGCAGUGAAACAGACUGUCUCUACUCAAAGAGGCCCUUUCACAAAUGAAUCUUCUCGAUCCCAAUCUAGACAAGUAAGUGUGAACACAUCUACACUUGUUCAGCCAUUUGUGCUGUAUUCUGGUGAGGAACCAAAACAGACACAUGAGCAUAUGGUUCAAAGUAUAAACCUUGGAAGCCAAACCCAACAACCCCAAGUUUAUGGCCUUCCCCAUCCAUGGCAUCAGACCUCAAAGAUUGCGACAUGCCAGGUGCAACCUCCAGUCCAUAUGGUGGCAGGUCACACAGACAUUCAAAAGACCUCAGAUGAAAAAAAUAACAAGAGCUUUGUACCUAAAUACCAACUGAAUUGCCCAGUACUGAAAACAGGCCAACCAUAUUCUUUUGCAGGUGUGCAAGGCAAACAGAUUGCUUUGCCAGUUAUUACAAUACCAAUUGCUAAUAAAAUUAAAGUCUCACAAUCAAAUGAUGGAACACACAAUGUCUUUGUAGCACAACCAGGUUAUCAGGCUCUUAUUAAUAAGCCCCCAGUUGUACUGCCUGUUGGUGUACAAGGUGUUUCACCCUCUCAAAUAACAUCAGUAUCGACAAGUGUACCCCAGAUCCUAAUCACACAUGAGCAAACGUUAGCACCAGCCUCUGCGGCUUCUAAAGUUAACUUCCCUACAGUGCAUGUGGUUAACAGUGAUUUAAAGACUGGAAAAGACAUCCAAACUCACAGGCAAGGUGGAUCUGUUGCUAUUCAGAUGAAGAACAACAAUAAAAACACUGAACUAAACCAGACAACUCAGCAAAGCAUCCUAUCUCUUGGUUCACUGCACUGUACUCAAAAACUAGCAUCAGCAAAUCUAUGCCCGCAGGAGGCCACUGCCUCAAGCAAGCGAAUGCUCUCCCCUGCCAACAGCCUGGACAUUGCUAUGGAAAAGACACAAAAGCGGGCUAAAGAUGAACAUGGAGCAGCAUGUCUCACUGAUGGUAGAUCUUUAAAUUACCUGAACUCAAAGAUGUCAGAAAUGACCAGACAGAGGAAACUAAUGUUGGUCAGACAGGUGUGUAUGACAGAGCCAGUAGACAGCCCAAUUGAGACAGAUGCUCCAGAACAAUUUCCAGACACUUCCGAAUCAGAAAAGACACCAGUCCCCCAGAGAGCAACACCAGAGGUCAAUGAGCAAGAGAUGGAGAGUAGGACACCUACCACAGUUCAUGGUGUACAAGGUUCUGCCACACGUUCUUCACCCGGAGUUCAAAACAGCACUAUGCCAGAAAAUAUACAUCUGAAGCCACAAGAGAAAGUUGAGGAGCAGCGCUGGUCUCCAUCCAAAUCUCCUCUUAGGCCUACAACGUUUCAAGGACAAGUGAAGUUAGCUUCUUCUGUGUCAGUUGUCAACACCAGAGAUAGUCAUCGUCUGUCAUUCCCCAGUCUGAAAACAGCUACAACUUUUACCUGGUGUUUUCUAAUGAAAAGAAAACCUCUUCAUAUUCAGCAGACCGACCAGAAGAUAUCUGCUUAUUCAGCCUGGGUUGUAAACCCCAACAAUCCCAACCCAUUAGGCCUUCCCACAAAAGUGGUAAUGUCCUUGUUUGACUCCAAACAGACAUCCAAGAAAAUACACUACACCCAAGCCAAAACAACAACUUUAAAGUCUGAUAUCUUAACCUACUCUGGGAAGUUAAAAGACGUUUUGUCAAAAGUUGUAAUCCAGCAAAGAUCAGUGCCAAAUGAAAAUAGUGGAAAAAUGAAACCAGAGACGCAACCUAUUAAUGAGUCAGAUAGAGACUCUUCCAAAUCUGAACCCCAACGAGUGAAGAUCUUUGAUGGAGGCUUCAAAUCAAACGAGGAAUAUGUGUAUGUUCGGGGACGUGGAAGAGGAAAAUACAUUUGUGAGGAAUGUGGAAUCCGCUGCAAGAAACCAAGCAUGCUGCGCAAACACAUCCGUACGCACUCUGACAUUCGUCCCUUUCACUGCACACAAUGCAACUUCUCUUUCAAGACUAAGGGAAAUCUCACCAAGCACAUGAAGUCCAAAGCCCACAGUAAGAAGUGCAUGGAGAUGGGUGUUGCGAUUGGCAUUAUAGAUGAUCAAGACAACGAAGACUCUGUUGAUCGAGGAACAGCAGGAAGUGCUGACAGGCAGGACUCGGAUGGUGAUGAUUCAGAUGGCCCGGAUGAUGAAGAUAAUGACGGAGAGGAAGAGGAUGAGGAGGACAGCCAGGCAGAGUCGGGCCUUUCCGCAACACCUUCAGUUUCUGCAAGUCCCCAGCACCUUCCUGCUAACCAUGCCGACAUAGCUCCUAGCUCUCUGCUGGCUCAGAUGUCUAUCAGCCCCAGCCCAACCCCUGCUGCCCAACCUCAGCGACCUCCAGCUUCAGACUCCCAGACAUCAGACACAGAGUCGGUGGCUAUGACAAGUCCUGUCUUAUUGGUCAAACAGAUGUCAAUCUCUGCUUCUUGUUCCAGCCCAGGCCCUAGUCCAUCUUCUUUUGCUUCCCACCCUGCCCCUGCCUCAGAAUUCCACCCCUCUGACACUGACUCUGUGCACAUGAUGAGCCCAAUUUCGCCUUGCAGGCAGAUGUCCAUCGACUUCCCUGAAUUUGAUGUUCCCCCUAGUCCCCCAGUGGCAGGCAAGGGCACCAAGCUCGCCCAGGAUGGAGUUGCCGUCACCUCAUCCCAGCCUGCAAUUGAGUGCAAUGCCAACGUUGACCGUGGCACUCAGACCUCCUCUGACCCUCUUCAGGGACAUUUGCACUUUCCGAACACAGGUCCAAUCCUCGAACCCAGAGUAGGGGCCACUACUCAUCUCUUCAGCCACCUGCCUUUGCACUCCCAGCAGCCCCCACGAUCUCCAUACAGCAUGGUACCCGUAGGUGGCAUCCAACUUGUUCCUGCUGGUUUGGCAGCGUACUCUACAUUUGUACCCAUUCAGGCCGGGCCAGUCCAAUUAACCAUCCCCGCACUAAGUGUGAUCCAUAGGCAAUCCAGUAGCCCUCUCCCAGCCCCCAAUGCCUCUCCCCGGCCGGAGAGUUCCCCGACCCAUCCACUAGUAGUUCAGGAGCCAAUAAACAGUGUCCUGCCUUGUUUUCCUCUGGGUCAAGUGGCAGGGCUCCAGACACUCGGUUCUUCACAGACCGCCCUGCAGCCCAUGGGUUUGGAGACCUUGAGUGUGGUGGGUCUGGCCAACUCCACCCAGCUGGUACCACAGCCAUUAAAUGCUACCCUGGGUGUGCAGGUGUUGGCAGCCAGCCCUGCUCCUCAGAUCAGCACAGCUUCGGCAGCACAGAUCCCUGGCCUACAGAUCCUCAACAUUGCCCUUCCAGCUCUCAUACCGUCUCUCAGCCCCCUCUCGGCUCUAAGCCCACUUCCAGCAACCAUGGACAAACCACAUAGUCCUGAGGCUGUAGCACCUGCACCUCCCCCAGCACAGGUUGCAGAAUCACCACCAGGGCCUACGUCCUCGGCCAGUCCUACAACAGUCAAUCCAGGAGAAGCUUCAACAAAUUUGAAGCCAUCCACAGAUGAAAAACAGGUCUCCCCCAGCAGUCCUAGCCCUGGAUGUGGGGACACCGGGGAUGCAGAGAAGACGUUAGCCAUGGUGAAAAAAAUUCAAACCCCACCACCUUCGUCCCCCUCAUGCACUAAUAAAAGGAGCUCCGAUGUUCCUCAGAAGGCAACAGCCGGUGGGGCUAGUGAAGCGAUACCACGGCAACCUGUCUCUAGACAACCAGAAACUAAUGACUAUAACGAAGCCUCCAGUGAUGAUGAGGAUAGACUUGUCAUAGCUACCUGAGAAUCCCAAUAAAAUCUUUUCCUUCUGUCUAUGAAUCUCUAUCUUUCUCUUAUCUAUCUCUUCUCCCACUGCUUUGUAAAACUUUGUCACUUUGUAAAACUGAAACACUUCAAGAGGUUUGCAACUCUGCCAGCCUUCUUAUAAAAGCACAUUUUCUGACAGUCAUAUUGUACGUGCAAUCAUAAAUGAUGACCAAUUAUUUUAUUUUGUACCUUUUUGUUAGCACCAGAGAGUUUUUCUUUUCUUUUUUGUACAUGUUGUAUAGACAAUUGUGCCUUUUGGAGUUUCUUGUUUAGAAACCUGUACAUAAUAUCUUAUAAAUCUAGUAGUUGCCUAUUAAGUUAGAUGAAAUCAAAAUGAAAGAAUGGAGUAAAUACUGUUUUUUAUUUUAAAAACAUUUUAUGUCUAUCGUAAAUUUAUGGGAAAAUUAAUGUUGUACCGAUGAUGUAUAACCAUUUAUAUGGCUUUGGGGGGGCAGUGUUCCUGUGCACAGAUGUUGUGGUCAAGUAUUUAUUAUAUUCCACCUGGUGCCCAUUUUGAACUCCAUAAGUCCAUAGGUAUGAGUAAAAUGGUGGCUUUACAUUUGCUGUAUCUACGCUAUCUACAGUAUCAGUAAAACCUUGUUUACAAGUGCACAAA